GCCGGCGGGGCGGUGGCGGCCGCGCAGUCGCUCGGAAGCGGCGGGAUGAACGGGACGGGCCCGGCGCUGUGCGAGGGCGGCGGGGCGCUGCCGGCCGGGGCCCGCCCGCUGGUCAGCGCCCUCAUGUUCUCCGCCGGGCUCCUGGGCAACCUCCUGGCCCUGGGGCUGCUGCUGCGCUGCCGCCGCGGCCCCCGCCCGCCCUCCCUCUUCCUUGUCCUGGUGCUGGCCCUGGUGGUCACCGACCUGCUGGGCACCUGCUCUGUCAGCCCCUUCGUCCUGGCUUCCUACCACCACAACCGGACCUUGUCCACCCUGGUUGAAGGAGGACACAUCUGUUUCUACUUUGGCUUCGCCAUGAGUUUCUUCGGCCUCGCCACCAUGCUCAUCCUCUUCGCCAUGGCGCUGGAGCGAUGCCUAGCCCUGGGGCAGCCUUAUUUCUAUGAGCGCUUCCUCAGCCCCCGCACAGGCUUGGUUGCCCUACCUGCCAUCUACACCUUCUCCGCUGCCUUCUGCUCCUUGCCGCUGGUGGGCUUCGGGCAGUAUGUGCAGUAUUGCCCUGGCACCUGGUGCUUCAUCCAGAUGCAUCUGGACUACUUCCAGCACAACGGUGGCAGGGAGGUCUCCAGGUUGGAUGUCACCUUCUCGCUUCUCUAUGCCACCCUUCUCCUCUUCCUCAUCCUCUCUGUGCUGCUCUGCAACCUCAGCGUCAUCGCCAACCUGGUCCGUAUGCACCGCCGUGGGCAGAAGACACGUCGCUUGGCUACACUCGAGCAGCCCCGCGUGGCCGCUGGCUCCAACCGGUGCAUGUUCUCCAUGGCUGAAGAAAUCGACCAUCUCCUUCUCCUCUCCAUCAUGACCAUCACCUUUGUCAUCUGCUCACUGCCAAUCACGAUCCGCGCCUACAUGAACAAGUUCAGCCAGGAAGAGGACAGCCACGACUGGGACCUCCUAGCCCUGAGGUUUCUCUCGAUUAAUUCCAUCAUCGAUCCUUGGGUCUUUGCCAUCCUGAGGCCACCAGUCUUAGGGUUCAUGCGCUCAGUGCUGUGCUGCCGGGUGUCCCCUGCCAGCCAGGACAGACAGACUCUUUCCCCUGCAAAGACAAAACUGGCAGCACGGCUAGACCCCUGUGGGCAGUAGAUCCAUCAGCUGUUCCAGGAGACAUCUGCCAGGUGAAGCACUGGUAGAUGUUAACAAAGCUCUGAAGCUCAUAAAGACAUGUAUGUGCUGCAGGGAGGGCCAGGGACGGGUGGCUUGGCCAGGUGUCACCACAUGUCUGGGAAGUCACUGCAAAGCCAGUGUGGUUUCUCACAGGGCAGAAAACAUGGUGGGACAGGGUUGGAAGGGCUGAUGAGCACCUGGAUAUCACUGCCACCCUUAAACAGGGCUGCUCCCACCCAGCAAAGGACACAGGCUGCAUUCAGCCUCGCUGCAGGAGGGUUUGGGGCUGAUGCGUGGGGGGCUUUGCUAUAACACUACUGCUGGGGGGGGUGACAGGGACCAGAAUUUCCCUGUGUUGAAAGGGACCUUCAAAGCCCAUCCAGUGCCACCCCUGCCAUGAGCAGGGACAUCUUCACCAGCUCAGGUUGCUCAGAGUCCCAUCCAGCCUGGCCUGGGAUGUCUCCAGGGAUGGUUCAUCCACCGCCUCUCUGGGCAACCUGGGCCAGUGUUUCACCACCCUCAUUGGAGAGGAAGGGAGCAGUGUAUCCCCAAAUGUUCCCCUUUAUUUAAUAGGCUGGUUGCCUAAAGAAACGCACUUUAUCAGGUGUAGGUCUGUGUGCAUGUGUCUGUCUCUCCGUCCCCCACCCCCAGAGAUUUGAGGCUCUGGUGGGUGCCAGCCCAGCAUGUCUGAGGGCCUCUGGGGGCAGAAAAAAGCUGAAUUGUGGCUUUUCUGUAGUGCUGUGAUGGCAGCAGAGCUGUCUGACCCCUCCUGAGCAACCCUUCUGCAAUUUUCUUUAUCCUGUGGUUUAUGCAGGAGCCAACAAGGGGCAUAAAAUCUCACCCCGUUGGGCAGCAUCCUUCAGCACCCCUAUUUUGGGUUUUUUGGUUGUACGUGUUGCUCUCUGGGGCUCUGGUCUGGGAAAAGGGCAUCCAACCCCUCUGGCUUCUCCCACGGGUGAGCUGGGUUUGUCCUGAGGCCAUCGCUGCCAUCAGGGGUUGCUUGUGGGGGGCUCAUGGAUCCUUUUCGUGCAGCAUCCAAAACACUCAGUGUCAUUGUGCUAUUGCAAGGGGGGUGUCUCGUCCAUUUGGGAACUGCAGCUCUGCUCAGAAAGCCCAAAGGUGCUGAGAUUUGGAACUUUUCUGCCGUUCGGUAGUUGAGAGGAUGUAAAAAAAAUAUAAUAUUAUUAUUUAAAUAAUAAAUGUCUCUGAAAGGAGCCUGCUGAAUUGUGUGUGAAUUUGUGGUGAAGAUGCAUCUCAGGGUAGAUCUGGCUCGCGGAGAAAAAACAUCACCUGCCUGGAGCAUCGGUGGGAUGAAGCCUUGGGGAUGGGGGGAGAGAGCAGGAGGGGAAACACGUGUCUACAGUUUCCUAAAAUGUGAAAAUAAACUGUGUUUUAUAAA